AUGCGUUGCUAUUUGGCCCAAUCACAGUUUCACAUCCAAGAAGUUCUCUCAACAUCAAUCAAGAUCUCUCAAGUACGUGCGUGGACGCAAUCAUCAAUUGUCCUUUCGUGGUUGUCGCCUGAACAAAAAAAUUUUAAAAUAUUCGUCAUACAUCGCGUUGUAAAAAUUCAUGCAUUGGUUAUUAAGUGUCACUGGGGUCACGUUCGUACACAUAAAAACCCUGAGUCACGAGGAUUUCUACCAGCAACCAUGGCAUCGUCGUCACUACAUUGGAACGGACCAGAAUUUUUAACACGUCCUGAAGAAUAA